AUGGCUUCUGAACUCAAGAUUGAGGUUGUUUCCCCAGGUGAUGGCAAGACCUUCCCAAAGGCAGGUGAUUUGCUUACUGUUCAUUACACCGGUACUUUGGAGAAUGGAAAGAAGUUUGACUCUUCCAAAGAUAGAAACAAACCAUUCCAGUUUAGAAUUGGUCAGGGUAUGGUGAUCGCAGGUUGGGAUCAAGGCUUUGCUAAACUUUCACUUGGUGAAAAAGCUAGAUUGACCAUUCCAGGUGCUUUGGCCUACGGUGACAGAGGUUUCCCAGGUUUGAUUCCUCCUAAUGCUACUUUGAUUUUUGAUGUUGAGUUGUUGCAGAUCAACUAA